GCCCCGCCCCCGUGCGCGCUGAGGUCACGCGCCGGCGGCGCUGUCAGCGCCGUCCCCGGCGGGGCGGGAAGAUGGCGGCCGGCGGCGGGGGCGGGGGCGGCGGCGAGGGCGGCGGCAGCGGCGGGGGGGGCGGCCUCCUAUUGCCGGCAGGUGCGAGCCCUUCCCCCGCGCCCCGAGGGGAGCUCUGAGCCCCCCCCACGCGCCCCGCGAUGAGCGGCAAGGAGCCCACCGAGGUCUCUGACAGGAGCCACCUGAAGGUUUUCCUGCCCCGGAAGCUGGUGGAGUGUCUGCCCAAAUGCCCCGUCCUGCCCAAGGAGCAGCUGCGCUGGAACACCAACGAGGAGAUCGCCUCCUACCUGAUCACCUUCGAGAAACAUGACGAGUGGCUCUCCUGCUCCCCCAAGACCAGGCCACAGAACGGCUCCGUCAUCCUCUACAACCGGAAGAAGGUGAAAUACCGCAAGGACGGUUACUGCUGGAAGAAGCGCAAGGACGGCAAGACCACCCGCGAGGACCACAUGAAGCUGAAGGUGCAGGGGGUGGAGUGCCUCUACGGCUGCUACGUCCACUCCUCCAUCGUCCCCACCUUCCACCGCCGCUGCUACUGGCUGCUGCAGAACCCCGACAUCGUCCUGGUGCAUUACCUGAACGUGCCGGCGGCGGAGGAGUGCGGCCGCCCCUGCGGCCCCCCGCUUUGCGCCGGGGGCCCCCCGCUUUGCGCCGCCGCCGCCGACCCCCGCGAGUGGCUCAAGUGGUCGCAGGAGGAGCUCGUCGCCCAGCUCCGCCCCAUGUUUCACGGGCUGAAGUGGGGGUGCGGGAACGGGGGGGGGACCCCGGGCGGGCUCUCGCUGGAGCAGCUGGUGCAGCACGUCCUGGAGAGUCACCAAGCGCGGCCGCCCCCCCGCACCCACGCCUGCCUCUGCGCCGGGGGGCUGGGCACGCCGGGUCACAAGUGCGGCAGCACCAAACACCGCAUCAUCUCCCCCAAAGUGGAGCGGGGGGGCGGGGGGGGGGCGGCGGCCCCCGAGCCCCCCAAAGCCGCCCCCUCCUCCCCCGACACCACCCAGCCCUCCCCCGGCCUGGGGGGGGCCCCCCCCGACCCGCCCCCCCCCGCCUUUCCCCCCACUCUCCCCCUUUUAGUAGUGACUAAUUUAGGGGGGGCGGCCCCGGGGGGUCCCGAAAACCCCCUGGGUCUGACCCCCAGCCAACACCUGGUGACCCCCGAGAGCGCCUGCCCCACAGCGCUGCCCCAUGGCGCUGUGGGGCUGCCCCAUGGCGCGCCCCCCGCCGCCUUCGACCCCGACUGUUUCCUCAACAGCCCCCGCCGGGGGCAAACCUACGGCUGCGAGGCCGAAGCCCCCCCCGGGGCGCCCCCCCCGGCACCCCCAAAAUUAGGGGUUGAGGAGGAGGAGGAGGAAGAGGAGGGUGAGGAGGGGGUGGCGGUGACCCCCUCGCAGCCCCCCUUCGCCCUCCCCUUCCCCGACCUGCUCCCAGGCGACGUCGGGGUCCCCCCCACCCCGCAGGGGCCCCCCGCCACCCCCCGCACCCCCCCUUCCCCCCCCGCCGCCGAACCCCCCGUCGCCAUCACCGAUUUCUCCCCGGAAUGGUCGUACCCCGAGGGUGGGGUGAAGGUGCUGAUCACGGGGCCGUGGGGUGCCGGCGCCUACAGCUGCCUCUUCGACCGGGUGUCGGUACCGGCCGCCCUGGUCCAACCGGGCGUCCUGCGCUGCUACUGCCCCCCUCACGAGGCGGGCGUGGCCGCCCUGCGCGUGGCCUGUCCCCCCCGGCUGCUCUCGGCCGCGGCGCCCUUCGAGUACCGGGCGCGGGGGGGGGCGGGGGGCCCCCCCGGAACGCAGCUGGACUGGCUGGCGCUUGACGAGGCCCAGUUCCGUCUGUCCAUCCUGGAGCGGCUGGAGCAGCUGGAGACGCGGCUGGGCGCCCUCCCCCCCCCGCGGGGGAACCCCCCGGACACGCCCCCCGAGCAGGGGCCGGCGUCCUCCUUCGAGGCGCGGGUGGUGGCCGUCUGCGAGGCCAUGAUGGCGCGGCCGGGCUGGCCGGGGACGGCGUCGGGGACCUCGGGGACAUCGUCGGGGACGUCGGCGUCGGGGAAGUCGGCGUCGGGGACGGCGCUGCCCCACGGGGCCACCUUCCGCGGGAUGACGCUGCUGCACCUGGCGGCCGCCCAGGGCUACGCCGGGCUGGUGGAGGCCCUGCGGCGCUGGCGGGCGCUGGCUGCCGACAGCCUGGAGCUGGAGCAGGAGGUCGACCCCCUCAACGUGGACCAUUUCUCCUGCACCCCCCUGAUGUGGGCGUGCGCCCUGGGUCACCGGGAGGCGGCGGAGCGGCUGUGCCGCUGGGACCGCCGGGCGCUGGCCGUCCCCGACACCCUGGGGCGGCUCCCGCUGGGCCUGGCCCGCGCCCGCGGCCACCUGGGCCUCGUCACCCGCCUGGAGGAGCUGCAGCCGCAGCCGGCCCCCGCCUCCCCCCGCCCGCCCCCCGCCGGCCCGCGCCCGCCCUCCCCGCUCUCCGCCAGCCCCGACACAGGGCUGAGCACCGCCAGCAGCCCCUCCUCCCCCUCGGGGCUCUCGGAAGGUCCCGGCUCCGUCCCGCUGCCCCCCGCCCCCCCCGGCCCCCCCGAGGACGAGGGCUGGGGGCCGCCCCUCCCCCCCAGCCCCCCCGACGCCGACGACGCCCUGACCCCGCCCACCGACGCCCUGCAGGCGGACGUGGUGACGCUGGCCCGGCAGAUCAUCGAGGCCACGCCCGAGCGCAUCAAACAGGAGGCGCCGGGGGGGCCCCCCGGGAGAGCGGCGACGUCAGCGAUGACGUCAGCGGGGGCAGCCGUGACGUCAGCGGCGACGUCAGCGGGGCUGGGCGCGGCCAUGGCCUGGCUGGCCACCUACCUGGAGAGCGUCGACCGCCCCCCCGCGCCCCCCCCCAGAGCGGAGGCGCCGUGUCGGGGUUCGCCGGGGGUCCCCGAAAAGCCGCCGCCGCCGCCCCCCCCGCCUUCGGCGGCCGGCUGGGCCGAGUUCCUCAACGCCUCGGGGGGGGCGCGGGGGGAGGGCGCCGUCGCCCUCCUCACCCUCUCCGACCAGGAGCAGCACGAGCUCUACGAGGCCGCCCGCCUCGUCCAGGGCGCCUUCCGCAAGUACCGGGGUCGGCGGCUGAAGGAGCAGCAGGAGCUGGCGGCCGCCGUCAUCCAGCGCUGCUACCGCAAGUAUAAGCAGCUCACCUGGAUUGCUCUGAAGUUCGCGCUCUACCAGCGGAUGACGCGCGCCGCCAUCCUCAUCCAGAGCAAGUUCCGCAGCUACGCGGAGCAGAAGCGCUUCCAGCGGCGGCGGCGCGCGGCGCUCCUCAUCCAGCAGCGCUUCCGCAGCCUCCGCGAGCACCGGCGCCUGCAGCCGCCGCCGCGCCCCGCCGCCGGGCCCGCCGCCGCCCCGCCCGCGCGCCGCCGCGGCACCUUCCUGACCCUGCGGCAGGACCAGGCGGCCCGGAGGAUCAUGCGGUUCCUGCGGCGCUGCCGCCACCGGAUGGAGGAGCUGAAGCAGAGCAAGGAGGUGGACAGUUUACAGAAGCGGGGCCUGGCCUCGUGACACCCCCCGCCCCUCCCCCACCCCUCCCCCACCCCCCACGGGGGACCCAGGCGUCCGGGGGGGCUCCCCUCCCCCUCCCACCCCCCGGGGGCUCCCCACGCCCCACGGGGGACCCCCCACCCCCCUGCAGGCUUCGCCUUAUCUCGCUGUGUCUGGUCACCCGGGUGCCUGGGUCCCCCCCGGGGGGAAGGGGGGCUCGGGGGAAGGGGGGGAGAGGGGGCUGAGCCACCCCCCGCCCCUCCCCCCACGCUCCUCUACGCCCCCCCGCAUGCCCCCCCCCGCCCUGCGUGGGCUCUUUGUACAAAGUUCCAUUAAAAAGCGAGAAAGCGGGAAUUAAAACAAAAAAA